UUUAUACGCAGUACGAACUGCAGAACGGCUACAAACCUUUGUAAUGGCGUCGAUGAUUUUCACCGACUGUUCCUCAUCCACCACCAAGGCUCGCCUUCUUCCCUUCAGCCGAAUCCUACUUCUCCGCCGCCGCGCCGCCGGCGUCACUUUGGUCCGCCGCCUCGCGACUCUUCCGAACUCCAGCUCCCGCAGACCCCUCACUCUUCGUUCAUCACAUUCGCAAUCUGCCUAUGUCACUGGUAUAUUUUCUUUGGCCACGGAGAAAUCAGCUACAGCCGAAGUUAUUGAUGGGAAAGCGGUUGCGAAGCAAAUAAGGGACGAGAUAAGUGCUGAAGUGAUGAGGAUGAAGGAUGCAAUUGGUGAGGUUCCCGGGUUAGCCGUUAUCAUUGUUGGGAAUAGGAAGGAUUCGGCGACUUACGUCCGCAACAAGAGGAAAGCAUGUGAGUCCGUGGGGAUCAACUCUUUUGAAGUGCCUUUGCCUGAAGACUCAACAGAGGAGGAAGUGAUUAAGUUUAUAAAGGAGUUUAAUGAUGAUCCUUCAGUUCAUGGCAUCCUUGUUCAAUUACCUCUGCCCUCGCAUAUGAAUGAAGAGAACAUCUUAAAUGCUGUUAGCAUUGAGAAAGAUGUUGAUGGAUUUCACCCGCUUAAUAUUGGCCAUCUUGCCAUGCGUGGGAGGGAACCUAUGUUUGUUCCUUGUACACCAAAAGGAUGCAUUGAAUUGUUGCAUAGAUAUGGCAUAGAUAUCAAAGGAAAGAGAGCUGUUGUAAUUGGCCGGAGCAAUAUUGUUGGCACACCAGCCUCUCAAUUGCUGCAGAGAGAAGAUGCUACUGUCACUAUAGUCCAUUCCCGCACCUCAAACCCCGAGGAGAUCACUAGACAGGCUGACAUUAUAAUCUCAGCUGUAGGGAAGCCAAAUAUGGUGAGGGGUAGCUGGAUAAAACCUGGUGCCGUUGUUAUAGAUGUUGGAAUUAAUCCAGUGGAGGAUGCUAAAAGCCCUCGAGGCUAUAGGUUGGUUGGAGACGUUUGUUAUGAUGAAGCCAAGAACAUAGCUUCAGCAAUCACUCCGGUCCCAGGUGGAGUUGGUCCAAUGACGAUAGCGAUGCUUCUAUCAAAUACACUCAUCUCAGCAAAGAGGGCAUACAACUUCCAGUGAGACUUUCAGAGAUUUGUGGCCUAAGGGAAAUUGUCAAUGCAAAUGCAGUUUCAAUAGCCACCCAACCACUUUUACAGUGAGCACUUCGGAAUUAUGUUUGUGGGAUAGUAAACUGCCAUGGUCGAAUAUGGGAUUGUGUAAAUAACACGAUGGCAGUGGCCAAAUUUUGAUGUGAACAAUUUGCAUUUGAUAUCAUAUUUAGGGACUUUACGCCCAAACCAAUGAUAAGUUGGGUGCUGAUUUUCCAGUGUCCUGUUUAACAGAACUCUGCGAGGUCUUUGAAGAAAAUGAGGGUAUUUCCUUCUCUUUUUGUUCUC